AUGAAUACUCCAAAACAGUUAGUAUGUUUAUUAAGACAUACCGCACUAAGCAGAGGCUGCCAGAUGGAUGUCCAGGGGUUCAUUCUCUUAGUUAACAUUAUUGGGUUACCAGAGUUUCGCAGUUUAACCAUAGCCCAGUUACAGAAGAUCGCCCAGGAAGACCAAAAGGGGCGAUUUGAAUUGAGAUAUACUUAUCAUGGUUUCGCGGUGAGGGCCGUCCAAGGUCAUAGCUUCGGGUUGAAUAUGUGUUAUCCCACUGUCAUACCGCGAAGGAUGAUCCAUGGGACGGAUGACAGAGGUUGGGAGUUUAUCAAUUUCGACGGUGUGAGGGUAAUGACUCGCGACUACAUACAUGCCGUUGAUAGUCACGAGUCAUAUGGUUUAUGCCACAACGCUACGACCCUCAUCUAUUUCGAUGUUGAGAAGGUGGUAGAAGCGGGGAUAGCCAUCCAUCUAUCCCCCAACGGAUAUCUUUUAUCCCGUGGGAACAAUGGACUGUUGUGCCCAUGUUUCUUCGCAUUUGCUAUACGGCGAUCAGAUGGAGUGUCCCUGCCUUUUAUGUGUCACCAUCACAUAUAA